CUUCCCGUGGCGUUCGGUGCUCGGAAGCAGAGCCAUGGCUACUUUCCGAUUGGCCCUCAUCCAGCUCCACGUUUCUUCCAUUAAGUCAGAUAACAUUACCCGGGCUUGCAGCCUAAUCCGGGAGGCAGCAAAGCAAGGUGCCAAAGUAGUCUCCCUGCCAGAAUGCUUUAAUUCUCCAUAUGGGACAAACUACUUUCCGGAAUAUGCAGAGAAGAUUCCUGGCGAGUCCACCCAGAAGCUUGCGGAAGUAGCAAAGGAGAGUAGCAUUUAUCUCAUUGGAGGCUCCAUUCCUGAAGAAGAUGCUGGGAAACUGUAUAACACCUGUGCUGUGUUUGGGCCUGAUGGAAGUUUAUUGGUAAAGCACAGAAAGAUCCACCUGUUUGACAUCGAUGUUCCUGGGAAAAUUACGUUUCAAGAAUCUAAAACAUUGAGUCCUGGCAAUAGCCUCUCCACAUUUGAUACUCCUUACUGCCGAGUGGGCCUGGGCAUCUGCUACGAUAUGCGCUUUGCAGAGCUUGCACAAAUCUAUGCACAAAGAGGCUGCCAGCUCUUGGUGUAUCCCGGAGCUUUCAAUCUGACCACUGGACCAGCCCACUGGGAAUUGCUCCAGCGAGCCAGGGCUGUUGAUAAUCAGGUGUACGUGGCUACAGCCUCUCCUGCCCGGGAUGACAAAGCCUCAUAUGUGGUCUGGGGACACAGCACUGUUGUGGAUCCUUGGGGACAGGUCCUAACCAAAGCUGGCACUGAGGAAACGAUCCUGUACUCGGACAUAGACCUGAAGAAACUGGCAGAAGUUCGGCAGCAAAUCCCCAUUUUAAAACAGAAAAGAGCAGACCUUUAUGCAGUGGAGACAAAGAAGCCCUGAAGUUAGUUUCUGACAUGUCACAGGCAGGGUGACACUGUAAGAUGAUCAACUUCACUACAUCCUUUUUUGGGGAACUGAACCCACACUUGUAAUUCUACUAUUGAUCUGCCUCACAAGUCCCCUACUGAAUUAAAACUUUUCUUUAAAUUUGCCUGGUAAUGAUGUUCUAGCUCCUCUGAUGAAUACUACUCAGGCUGUUGGUUCUCAGGCAUUUCAGUCUUAAGAUCCUUUUGCAUAUUUAAAAACUGAAGACUACAAA